AUGGCCUCCUCCUCUACCUACCUCAUGCUCGCCAGCGCCCGUGCUCCCCUCGCUCCUCUCAUAAGGCCACCGCUGAUGGCCCUCGUCGCGAGAACCGCCGCAGCCUCCAUCACUAGUGGCGCCAGAGCCAGUGUCCCUCUGUUCGUCAACGCCGCUGCGUGCCGGCCGGGAGUGCGGCGCCGUGGCUGGGCCCAACUCUGCAGAGACUCAUCCCUCCAGGGCCCUCCAGGCGCCGAUUCUCCUGCUCAGGAGCAAGAGGAUAUGAAGAAGAGCGAGGCGGUGUCAGAGGCUGCUGCUCGGAUUGCCGGAGGCAGCGGCGGGAGGUUCAGCGACUGGAGCACGUCGGUGCUCAUCUUCGGGAUCUGGGCGGGACUCAUGUACUACGUCUUCCUGCUCGCGCCUAACCAGACACCGUACCAAGACACAUACCUCUUGCAGAAACUUUUAAAUCUGAAGGGUGACGAUGGCUUUCGAAUGAAUGAUGUUCUUGUUUCUCUAUGGUACAUUAUGGGCCUCUGGCCACUAGUCUACAGUAUGUUACUCCUUCCUACUGGUAGAAGUUCCAAAAGCAAGAUUCCUGUGUGGCUAUUCCUGGUUCUUUCAUGCAUCGGAGGAGCGUAUGCUUUGAUUCCUUACUUUGUCUUAUGGAAGCCUCCUCCACCUCCCAUUGAGGAAGAUGAAAUUGAACAAUGGCCAUUAAAAUUUCUUGAGUCAAAGUUAACUGCAGGAGUAGUGUUUGCCUUGGGCAUUGGACUGAUCAUAUAUGCUGGCAAAGCUGGUGGCGACGAUUGGAAGGAAUUUAUUCGAUACUUCAGGUCGAGCAAGUUUAUCCAUGCCACCUGCCUUGAUUUUACUUUGCUAUCAGCCUUCUCACCAUUUUGGGUCUAUAACGACAUGACAGCAAGGCGAUGGUCCCCCGAGAAGUGGAACGAUAGAAACAUCGAGGGUCCUCGUUCUCGCACUUCGAUAGCACAGUCGGCCGCAGAUAAAAUGUGUCACCCGGUGGGAUCUGAGCCUGCAUGCGAUGCACGCGUCCGCGUGGCGCACAGUACCGGUGCAGGGCCCCACAGAACGGCAGGAGGACCCCACCACAGUGGACUGCACCGACGACCGCUCCUGGCCACGGCUCCCUUGCCCCCUUCGAACAUCGCGGCUGCGGGUGCCGCGGAGACGUCGAGGCCGCAAGGCCGUCUCCGUCGCCGACGUGGUGGAUCUCGUGUCCACCGGCAAGGAGAGACCGCUGCUGCCGCGGACGUGGAGGACGCGAAGAAGGAUGCCGCUGCCGUGGAUCUGGCCGACGCCAUGACCAACAAGGCCACCGCCGACAUCGUCGUCUGCGACAGCAAAGGCGUUGCCCGCCAGAUGCAAGCUCCUGGUCGUACGCUUGAGCGGAAUUAUCAGAACUUAUUGGAUCCUAACUCUCGUCCUGGUAAGUAUCAGCCUCCAGCUGAAGAUUCCAAGCCUUCUUGUCCCAAGCCAUUUUUGAAUUCGAGCAAGCGUGUUCUUCGUUGGAUUCCCAAAAUUUCUCCUGCAGUUAAAGGGCCGCCUGCUCAGGCGGAUUCUGUGCCACCCUUAUUGCCCAAAUCAGUUGCGAAUUUGAAUUUAAAUCAUCAAGGCCUGCAUGUGAGGCCCUCUGGCUCGUACGGCCCAUCCGCUGAGCCGUUGAAGCUGCCUCCCCUUUGCUCCAGGUGUUUGGGCCCUGGCCAUUCCAGGAAAGAAUGUGGAAAUUUGGACUUGGCGAUCGUCAAGUUGCGUCCUGCAGUCCACAAGGACGACUUCAAGAGCCUAGAGACAGCACUGCGCUCCUUCUUUCAAGAAAUCCAUCAGGUGAGACUCAUGGAGAUCCAACCCUGUCCUCUAGGCGAAGCCUACAUCGGUUUCAAGAGUCCACUUGAGAGGGAACGCUUUCUGGGGCCUGUCUUUCGCUUUGGAAAUUACUCAGUGUCAGUCGUCAAGCAUGAUGAAGUAGAGAAUGCCAGGUCGUUUGAUUUAGAUCGUGAAGCCUGGGUUAUGCUUGUUGGGUUCCCGGAAGAUCUGAAGAAUGCUGUUGUUAUCGCUAAAGCUGUAUCUGGGUUUGGUAUUUUAGUUCACUGGCAUGACACUAAUAAUCUUGCACGAGUUGUAGCCAAGGUUUACCUCAAUGACGAUGCCAAAAUCCCCGACUCAGUCAAGAUCAAUGCUGGUCUCCCACAGAAAGGCAGAUCCUGGACCCUACCCUGUUUUGUUCUGAAAAGAUCAGGGAUAGCAGAAUUGCCAGAUGAAGAAGUUUUUGUCACUGAGGGGCCGCUGCACCCUGUUCCUCCCCAGCCCCCGCGUUGGUCUGGACCGGUCCCUCCUGCUGCUAGUGAUGAGACACCUGCAGAGUCCAAUGUAGGCUCUGCCAUGAACGUUGAUGGUGCUGGACUUGUUGAUGGUGGGGGUGGCCCAAGUCGUUGGGAGGAACCGGAGGCCCCAGAUGCUGAACAUGAGGCCCCGGUUGCUGUGGUUCAGGAAGUUCAGACUGAGACAGUGGUAGUUCAGAACAUCGUUCAGAAUGUGAUCAAUCCUGGAGUUGCUCAGCAAGCUACAGAAAAGUUCCCUGUCUUCAGCUCCGUGCCUGUCCCAAAGCCACAUCUGAAGUCAGUCAUCUAUGGUCCUUCCAAGCCACAUGAUCCUAUUAUUACUGUGGUUCCAUCCCUCCUGCAAAAGGUAUUCACUUACAUAUCUAAUUGCCCUUCUUCCAAUCAUUUCAGUUUUCUAUCCAUGCUAGACAUUGAUCAUGAUACUGUUAUUCCACCAUAUUUUAAUGAUGAUCCUCUCUUGGUUCACUUGGCCUUUGUGCUCUAUCCACAGCUUGGUGAUAAGGCCCUAGAAAAGAUUGCUCUUGACUAUGGUGAGGAGGAUGAGGAAGAAGCAGAUUUGGAGGUCCUUGAUGAAGCCCCUGCUGUUUUCAUGACCCCAUGCAAUAAGAGGGCCAUCAAGUUUAAGGAAAGAAUAGAUGACAGCUUCCUCAGGCGUAGCAAGAGGCUGUCCAAGAAAUUUGAUGGGUACAAGGAUGCAGAGAGCGCUAGGAAGGGCAAGAAAAUUGUUGAAGAAGCUGCUGAAGAAGCCACAGAAGAAGUUGAUGAGCCUAUGCCUUUAGCAGUCAUCCCCCCUCUCCUGGGAGCCAAGUUGCCCCUCAUCUCUCAAAGAAAAUCAUUGAGGGCAUAG